AUGGCUAAGGACCUUCAGCUGCUUCGGAUUGAGUUGGGCAGAGGCCUGAGAGAUCCACAGGAGCUGAACUUCACAUCUUUCACAGCUGGGACGUUGCGGGAGGAGAAUUCUCGUCUGAAAUAUCGUCUCAACAUUCCUGAAAAGAGUGAUUUACAGGAGGAGAUGAGCCAAAACGACAAUGAGAUGUUGAACAUCAACCAGCUGCUUGCAACAGGAUCUUUGGGAGGCCAUCAAUACCGCCUCUACCCUGGCCUAGAGAACCCGCCACUUUCACGGGUCACCCCCAACCAGCAGGCCAAGUUUGGUGAUUACCAGUGUAAUAGUGCCAUGGCAAUGGCUCAGGUGAUGAAAGCCUAAGGAUCGAAGAUCAGUCCCAGGGAGAUAGCAGAGAAGAUUGUCCAAAUUCCCAACAAUGAAUUAAUUGAGAGAACAGAAAUCGUGAGGGGCCAGGUUGUUGUAGACUUCUCCUCACCUAACAUUGCCAAAGAGAUGCAUGUGGGUCACCAAGCGUCCACAAUUAUUGGAGACAGUAUGUGCUUUUUGUUCAAAAUGAAUGGUUAUCAAUUCAUACAACUAAAUACUAUGGGGAACUGGGGGAAACAGUUUGGGAUGCUCAUUGCUCCCUGCCAUUACAAAUUCCCAAAUUUCUCCGUGUUUCCCCACCCAGUUGGUGACCUUCAGUCUUUUUUUAAGGAGUCGAAGAAAAGGUUUGAUGAGGAUGAGGAGUUUAAGAGGAGGGCCUACCAGUGUGUGGUUAAACUUCAGAGCAAAGAGCCAGACUUCAUCAAAGCCUGGAACCUCAUCUGUGAUGUUUCCCGCAAUGAGUUUCAAAAGGUCUACAACUGCCUGGAUAUCCGCAUAGAAGAGAGGGGAGAGUCCUACUACCAGGACAUGAUGACAGCUGUGAUAAAAGAGUUUGAGGAAAAAGGGCUGGUGCAGUUGGACGAGGGCAGGAAGAUAGUGUUUGCUCCAGGCCAGUCUAUUCCCCUGACAAUUGUCAAAUCGGAUGGAGGCUACACUUACGAUACCUCCGAUCUAGCUGCCAUCAAAAACAGGAUUUUUGAUGAGAAAGCUGACAUCAUCAUCUAUGUGACUGACAGUGGCCAGGCAGUGCACUUCCAAGUGGUCUUUGCUGCUGCUCAGCUAAUAGGCUGGUAUGACCCUAAGGUCAUACGGGUAGAACAUGCAGGUUUUGGUGUGGUGCUCGGGGAGGACAAGAAAAAGUUUAAGACUCGUUCAGGGGACACGGUUCGUCUAAUGGACCUUCUUGAGGAGGGUCUGAAAAGAUCCAUGGACAAACUGAAGGAGAAGGGGAGAGAUAAGGUUCUGACCCCAGAGGACCUGGUGAAGGCUCAGCGUGCUGUAGCUUUUGGAUGCAUUAAAUAUGCAGACCUUUCACACAACCGCAUCAAUGACUAUGUUUUUUCCUUCGACAAGAUGCUGGAUGACAGGGGAAACACUGCGGCCUAUCUUCUCUAUGCCUUUACACGCAUCAGGUCUAUAGCUAGACUGGCUAACAUCCAGGAGGCCACUUUGCGCACAGCAGUCGAGACCACAGAGGUCCUACUGGACCAUGAGAAAGAGUGGAAACUGGGUAAAUGCAUCCUGCGCUUCCCUGAGAUUCUGCAAAAGAUCACAGAUGACCUGUUGCUUCACACAUUGUGUGACUACCUCUACGAGCUGGCCACUACCUUCACAGAGUUCUACGACAGCUGCUACUGUGUGGAGAAGGAUCGGCAGACAGGGGAAGUGGUCAAAAUCAACAUGUGCCGGAUGCUUCUCUGUGAAGCCACCGCAGCAGUGAUGGCCAAAGGUUUUGACAUUCUGGGUAUCAAUCCAGUUGAGAGGAUUCCAACUAAAAAAAACCCCCUUCCUCUGAAAAAAUUCCUGGGCUACAUUAUCACACCAGAGGGUGUCCAAAUGGACCAGAGCCAGGUGGAAGCAGUGAGGAAAUGGCCACAACCCACCACGGUCAAAGAGCUGCAGAGAUUCCUGGGAUUUGCAAACUUCUAUUGGUGCUUCAUAGCCCAUUAUAGUCAACUGUUUGCUCCACUUACCUCGUUCCUUCAUCAGAAACCAAAGACCCUCUCCUGGACGGCUGAACCCACACAGGCAUCUCUGCAGCUCAAAUCCUCUUUCUGCACUGCUCCAGCCCUAAACCAUCCAGAUCUGAACCAUCAGUUUGUAGUGGAAGUGGAUGCUUCCACUCUAGGAGUAGGUGCAGUAUUAUCCCAAUGGGAGUGGGAUGCAAUAUUAUCCCACUCUGUGUCUCACCCUUCUGGACUCCAUCCACACUUCUCCAGGAUCGGGUCACCCAGGCAGUCAACGAACCCUCUUGCUCCUCCGGAACAGAUAUUGGUGGCCUAG